CGGGGGAGUGGCCUUGGCGGGGCGGGCUAAGCUGAGAGUAAGCUGAGAAUAGAUGCUCACCCUCUUCACGUGGCUGUGAGACCUGGCCCCCCUCCCAGGCGCGGCACGCCCACCGGCUGGCUGCUCCCUGCCUGCACGCCGAUGCGCCUUCGGCCGAGAAAGAGGGAAAAAAGAUUUGGCUGGCACUCAGGCAUUUGCCCUCGGCGGAGAAACAAAAACACAGACUCACACCCCCGCAAAGCCCGCCCUCCCGUUUCCUGUGCUCAAAACGGCCCGAAGCCGAUACUCAGCAAUUUGCGUCAAGGGUAUGCCAGCUGGGUGAAGACAGCAUCACCACCUAUUUCACUCUUCAUCUCAUCCUUGCAUCCUCGUCGCCCAGUCUGCCUCGUCCUCGUGUAUAUCUAUCUCAUCUCAAUCCUACCUGAACACUUCCAAACGUCCACACAUCCUCAAAGUGGAUCAGAUUUGCUACUGCUGCUGCGUGUCGAGACCCACGCCUUCAACCACCUCCUCAUCCACGACGCCGUCAGCUGCGAAUUUUAGCUGACACCCGCGCCAAUCACGAGCACGCAAAGCUACAAGCUGGGGCACACCUCGCCGCCAGCGGUCCCGCUUCCGGUCCAGCUCAGUUCAGUGAAUACACAGAAUAAGAGCAGCGCAACGAGCCCCCCGUCUUCCCCAGACGAUAACCUCUCGUCCCGCUCGGCUCGCUCGUCUCUAAGCGGAUCACCUACUUCGCCUACCUCGCCUCUGCCAGACGUCAUGUUCCAAGUUGUGAGU